AUGUCAAUGAUAAUUGCUCAAACUCCUAAAACUUAUUUCGGUUCUGACAUUCAAAAAUCAUUAGGUUCUCUUCCUGAAUUUCCAUGGGCAAAAUACCCCGGAGAAAGACAUCUUCCCGGUCAUAAUUACACUGGUCCAGGUACAAGGUUAGAUCUACGAUUAGACCAAAACGAUAAACCAAAACCAGUCUCAGACUGGAUACCCGAUGUUGGCGAUGGAAGAGUUUUAGAAGUACCGAUAAGAAAUGUUCCAAAUGAUUCAAAUGAAGAUAGAAUGAGAGCUAUUGAUCGAAACACAAUAGAAAGAGUAGGACGAGCAGGUAGUAUAACUUUAACUGGAGAAUCCACUACAUGGCCAAUCACUAACACUAUUAAACCAGCAAGAUAUUUAAUAGUUGGUUUCAAGAACUUACCAGAUUCUCAAACGAAUAACAAUAAUAUCUUUAGAGUAGCAAUGAACGAAACUCAAGAUCCUAUAAUCCGUAAAGUUCAAGUAAGAUUAAACAACGAUAAUUAUCCUAACCAACCUUUAACAAUUAACCCAUCCACAAAGGAUUAUAAUGAAUUGUAUAGAAACUAUAAAAAUAUGUGUGAAUUAUUUGGAAAUCCACCUCAGUUUGAAUAUGUAGAUUUUGCAAUUAAUCACCCAAUCUUCUGUUUUGAUUUAUCAGCUCAUCAAGAAGAUCUUUUCAAAACAGGGGUGAAUAUAAAUAUUCAUAUUGAAAAACACACGAGGAGAUGUAACCGGUUAUUGUUUAUUAUUGGAAGAAGCAAAACAUUUAUUAAAAUAUCCGACAGACGGAUGAUUCGUAUAGAAUAA